AUGAGCAAACAGCACGUAAUGCGGCUGGCAGAGCGGCGCCUUGUUCUGCUCUGCGUCAGCCCUGCAGUCGCGAGUGACCGCCUGGGUUUUGGAGCGCGCUCGCAGCAGUGCCACUACGUGGGAUUCCCCGUAGACUGUUACAAGAUUGGUGAGCCUAGCCAAGUGUCUUGUUUUGCAACACCGCAUCAGAGAGGAGGAGGAGGACGGACUCCUGUUCAGGUGGAAAAAUUGGCCAGGUACUUGGACCCAAAUGAUUUGGGAAGAAUCAGUUUUAAGGACUUCUGUCAUGGAGUGUUUGCUAUCAAAGGCUGUGAAGAGUUACUGAAAGAUGUCCUAUCUGCUGAAACCUCUGGGCCUCAACUUUAUGAGCCGCAGUAUGUGGAUUACUAUUACCAGGGCAGUGAAAUCCAGGACUGCAUCUACUUGGACAGCGAAAGCGCCUACAGUGAGUCAGAGCUCUUUCCUGAUGAAGACACGAUGACUCUAGCACAGCAAGAGCUUCACCAUGAGUCUGACAUGGACAGCGCUAUUGAGAGCGCUCAGAGCUCAGAGGCCUCUGAUGUGUGUCGGAGCGAGGAAAAGGACAGUGUGCUCGGUGGCCUCUUCCUGCCUGGUGACAAGUCAAGCCCUCACAACCCUUCUGCAGCAUCUGACCUCUCCACCUAUUCCACCGCCUCUCUGAUCAGUAACGAAGAACAGUUUGAAGACUAUGGGGAAGGAGAUGAUGUGGAUUUUACUCCCAGUAGCCCAUGUCCUGAUGAUGAGACCAGAACCAACGCCUACUCUGACCUUGGCUCAUCUGUAUCUUCCAGUGCUGGCCAAACACCCCGAAAAAUGAGGCAUGUUUAUAACAGCGAGUUACUGGAUGUUUACUGCUCGCAGUGCUGCAAAAAGAUAAAUCUACUCAACGAUUUGGAAGCCAGGCUGAAAAACUUGAAAGCAAACAGCCCUAACAGGAAAAUAUCAAGCACAGCUUUUGGAAGGCAGCUCUUCCACAAUAGUAACUUCAGCAGCAGUAAUGGCAGCACAGAAGACCUGUUCAGAGACAGUAUAGACUCCUGUGAUAACGAUAUAACUGAAAAGGUAACGUACCUAGAGAAAAAGGUGACUGAACUGGAGAACGAUAGCCUGACAAAUGGUGACCUGAAGAGCAAAUUGAAACAGGAAAACACACAGCUAGUUCACAGAGUUCAUGAACUUGAAGAACUAUUGAAAGACCAAGAGACAUCAGCAGAGCAGACCCUGGAAGAAGAGAUAAAGAGACAUCGAGAAGCAUAUAGCAAGUAUGAAAAAGAGAAAGGCACAGAAAUUGAGCUGCUAAAUACAAGGGUUCAGCAACUGGAAGAAGAAAAUGGUGAACUGAAAAGCACUGUCACACGACUGAAAUCACAAACAGAGAAAUUAGAUGAGGAAAGGCAACGCAUGUCAGAUAGGUUGGAAGACACUAGUCUGAGACUGAAGGACGAGAUGGAUUUGUACAAGAGAAUGAUGGACAAGCUGCGACAGAACAGACUGGAAUUCAACAAGGAGAGAGAAGCCACACAAGAGCUCAUCGAGGACUUGCGGAAGGAACUGGAGCACCUGCAGCUGUACAAGCUGGAAUGUGAGCGCCCAGGACGUGGCAGAAGCUCUUCAUCCAGUGUGAGUGAAUUCAAUGCCAAAACCAGAGAGGUGGAAAUGGAGCAUGAAAUAAAACGGCUGAAGCAGGAGAAUCAGAAGCUUCGUGACCAAAAUGAUGAUCUUAACGGACAGAUCCUAAGUCUAAGUCUUUAUGAAGCUAAAAAUCUCUUUGCAACGCAAACAAAAGCCCAGUCACUGGCUGCUGAAAUUGAUUCCGCAUCAAGAGAUGAGCUCAUGGAAGCCCUUAAAGAACAGGAGGAGAUAAAUUAUAGAUUGCGACAAUAUAUGGACAAGAUCAUUUUGGCAAUCCUAGACCACAACCCAUCUAUCCUGGAAAUUAAAAAUUGAAGGGAAUAAUAAAGGAAAAGCAGCAACUGCCUGAUACUUCUGCACAUGCCACUGGAUCUAAACAACACUCUGAUACUGUAAAUGAAUCCAUAAAUAUAUAUAUAUUAUAUAUACACUACAUGUGAGUGUGGGUGCGCGGGUGUGUUUAUAUGAUGUUUGGUACACUGUUAGUCAUUGAAUCGGCUUGGUUAGACUUUUUCCAUGCACUUUCAAUACCUGUGACAAGAUAGAUAAUGUAUAUUAAUGUAAUAACAUAACUGGACCAUGCUGUUUUAGAUACUGGACAAAAUGACUCUACCUCUAGUUGUAAAGGUAAAAGACAGUGGAAACAUAUGGAUGUGACCCUGACUUUAAGAGCAAGAAUUGUUCUUUUGUUCUUCCAGGAAUUUGCGUACCGCAGACCAAUCAACAUACCCAGGUUCAGUUCCUGACUGGUGCUGGCUGUGUAAUUUCCUAUCCAAUUUAAUUUUAUUACUUAAACCACACAUUAGGUGGGGAAAAAAACUUUGGGAGAAAAAGGAAAGACACAAAGUAAAAGAGAAGGUGAGGAAGACAUUACAGAAUUGUUGCUAUAUGUGUAAAAUCACCAUCCACUUGUUUGCCACUGUCAGCACAAAGUGCUUUUUAUAUAAGAUCACUUUGGAUUCUCCUUUUGGGUGCUCUGAGCCAGCCCACCCUUUAGCGUGUGUGUGCAUGUGUAUGUUUUAUGCCAGGGUCCCUGUAGCAUUGAGGCUAAGAAGCUGUUCAAAUUCUAUUCCCCUAUUUUCAGGGGUUUAUCCUGGGCCAUUAAAAUGAAUUCUGGGAUCCUGCUCCUUUCCCCUGACCCCUUAAUUUUAAGUGUUUCACUGAAGGAACACAUUCCAGUUCUUAAAACUAAACAAAACAGAACAAAAAAAAAAAAGUGAAAUAGCCCACUUCAAGGGGAGGAGGAGCCCUUUAAAUCACUUGUUGACUUGCUUUCCCAUCCCCAGACAAACUGCACUCCUGUGAGACUUUGAGGGUGAGCUGUGAGGAGGACCAGCUGGGUCCCAAGACAGUGUUGCAGAGAAGUCUGAUGUGAAGCAUCUUGUACCUUUAGGGCGGUAAAAAGUAAAAGAGCUUAGUCUUGCAGAAGUUGCCAAUCCAGACUGAGUACACAGGUGCACACCUAAAGCUCUGAAUAGGGAACACAUCCUGAUUUAGAUGAGCAGUUGCAUAGGUGCUUAACUUUAAACGUGUACUGUGACUGCUCGUAGAAGUCAGUGGGACAGAACAUAAGCUUUAAAGUUGAGUGUAUGCUUAAAUGCUGCCUUAAAUAGGGAUGGGCUUCAACUUGUGCCUGUGCUCUCCUGAGUCGGAGCCACAUGUUGUAGGACUAGCACCUUUUUAAUAAUAAUGUAACUUAAAGAAAAAGCUUACGGAAUUGGCUGAUAGUUGAAUGUUAAAUUUUAUUCCAUGCACUAAAGUUUUUUAAGUAAAAAUUUCACACUUAAAACACCUUUUGAUUCAUGCCAACUGGUACAAGCAGGGAUAGUUACAGAAAAUGGGCCCAAGUAACUGGCUUACCCCAGUGCAUAGAAAUAUUUCCUCUAUUUGAGUACACUCCCCAGAAGAAUGUUACAGUAGCAAUGACUGCUUUUCUGUGUAUUUCUUGCUGUUGGCAGUGUCUUGCCCCUAGUAUUCUCUUGAUGUAUCUUGGUGUGUGUGUAUAUGUGAUGCAUUUUUCUCUAAAUUUGAAUACAUAAUAUGUAUUCAUUUAUGGAUGUAAAUAUAUAUAUAUUUUUUUUUCUGCAGUCUCUGUGCUCUUGCCUUCAGUGAUGUCUUACUGGAGUCAUGGGGGGGGGGGAAGGGAAGUGCCAAAAUCAGACUUUCUUGAAGGCAAGAAAACAAAAGCAAUUUGUUUCUGUGUAAUUGCCUUAGGCUGGUGUAAAGUGACUGGAAUGCCAGAGGGACCAAAGGAAUAACUAUGGGACUCAGUGUCCCAGCUCAUAAGACAUCUGUAGGGUUCUAAUGCAGUUGGCGAAACAUUGCAGUUAUGUUUAAACAUCUCAGGGCUGGACUCCUGAGGCUCUAGGGGAAUCUGGAGAAGGGAUUUAAAGAUUACUCCUUUGCCAGCUGGGGAUAAUAUAAAUGUUCUUUGCUAAAUUACAGCAGCUUCUGUUUGUAGAGAAACAGGUGGAGCACCGCAAACAUCCCAUGCAUGUGCCUCUCCCUCCCGCUGAUCCUUCUGGAUAUGACACCCAACAGUUAAGCCAGCUCGGUGCUGUCUACAGACUUCCUUGCCUACAGGAAUCCUCACCUGCGCUUUGUGAUGACAUUUCCAUCCACUUCGUGCUGUCUGUGGGUUGUGCUGAGGACUUUACUCUCUUUAUAGGCCACAGAGAACUGUUUGAAAUUGUCAGGUGGCUGUUGCUAGCCUGCUGCAGCAAGCAGGGCUGGGUGAGCCAGCAGCCCUGCCACCGGAGGUAGCUGUCUUUGGUAAGCUGUGCUGCUGCCCUGCUCUCAUGCAGGGGAGUUGAACAGAGAUGAAGCUGGUGCAGGUAAGAUUGGAAGCUGAAUGUUUUCCCCGAAGUAUUUUCAACUAAACUGGAUUCAGCUUCAGAAUUGUGAUGGUCUAAGCCCCAUCGCUAUUACGAUAGAACAUGAGCAAAGUUGAGGACUGGUUCACCAAAAAUUAUGCUGAACACUUGCAAAGCGGAAAGCCUGGCUUGCUUAACUGAGACCACAGAUCCCUUGGACUUGAAUAGAGGGAGACGUGAUCAGAGUUGUAUUCAAGAUUUCAUGCAGAUGAAUAUUUGUAAGAGGUAAAUAAUCACUAGAUCUGGGUGAAAUCCUCAAAAUGGCACUCUAGCCAAGGGUACCCAGCAGCGAAUUUUCAAAAGACUUCUUGUUUAGCUCUGCACCCAGCUGCUUUAGCCUUUAAAAGCUGUUCCUUGCUCCACACUGCUUGUACUUGAAGAGUUGUCUUACACCAUGUUGGUGCUGUUUGUAGCUUUAUUUUUAUUGCAUAAAGGACAGUUAUCUUUCUGCUUCCGUGGA